CUUUCAUUUCACUCCGGCUAUGUUGAAGCUACGUGCAAUGAGGGUGAGGUGUCCCCUAGUACGAGAGUGCAUGGCCGAAUUUUUGGGAACUUUCGUCUUAAUGCUCUUUGGCUGUGCUGCUGCUGCACAAGUAAAAACCAGCAAUGAGACUAAAGGCCAGUUUCUAUCUGGCAACAUGGCCUUCUCUGUGGGAGUUAUGUCAGCCAUGUAUCUCACCAAGGGCAUCUCAGGUGCCCAUCUGAACCCAGCGGUGACCCUGAGUUUCUGUGUUUUGGGGAAGGUGUCCUGGUCGAGGCUCGUGCCCUAUUCCCUCUCCCAGGUGGUGGGGGCUUUCGUGGCGUCGGGGGUUGUCUAUCUCGUCUACUAUGAUGCCUUAAUGACUUUUAGUGGAGGAGUGUUGACUGUGUACGGCAGGAAUGAGACUGCCUCGAUAUUUGCCACAUACCCCUCUGACUACCUUUCUGUGGGCAGAAGUUUCUUUGACCAAGUAGUGGGCACCGGCAUGUUGCUGUUGUGUAUCCUGGGUUUGGAGGAAAAGAGGAACACCCCGGCUCCCUCUGAGCUGGUUCCUGUUGUAGUGGCAGCUGUCGUUCUGGGGAUCUCCAUUUCAAUGUCGGCUAACUGUGGUGCUGCCAUAAAUCCUGCUCGGGACCUGGGGCCUCGCCUCUUUACCCUAGCUGCAGGCUGGGGGACUGAGGUCUUCACGUGUUACAACUACUGGUUCUGGGUACCAUUGGUGGCUCCGCUUGUUGGAGGCGUUUUCGGUAGUUUGAUGUAUCUCAUCUUUAUCGACUGGCAGCUGCCUGACCCAGACCAACUUGAGAGGAUUUCCACCAUCAGUGAAAAACUUGCAAAAAAGGAGAUGAGUUAAAGGCUGUGAAUUUUUAAAGUUUAACGCUGAAACUACUUUUCUACUGUUAGAAAAAACAAAAAGGAAUAUCUUCUUUCAAAUGAUGUAGCUGUUUGCUCC